AAGUGUGGCGGGUUUAGCGGCUUUCGGCCAGUCACUGCUCAGACAACACACGGUAGACAUUCGCGCCGCGCGCAAGCGAACAGUUUUUCCCGCCGCAAAUUGAAAAGCGCACGUUCUCAAUUCAAAGUUCCUCACCAGCUAUUGGUAGCUUUUGAAAUAUGCCUAAGAAGAAAUAAAUUAUUCGCUUUUAAAUUAUUUUACCUGAAUUACGUGUAAAAUUGUGACUUUUUGAACCGCAUGCUAACAGUGCCUGUGUUAUCGCGUACAAAAACCCUGUGAUACUAAAUAGCUGUGAAAUUUUUAGUUGUAAUAAACUCUAGUGGGUCAAAACUUUCCCGAUAUUUGCGGUUUCGUGAAAUUUUAUUUCGCGAAACAAUAAAGAAAAAUUCUUUAUGAUAGGUCCAUAUAUGAAGUGUCAACAUUUCUACCCCAAGCAUUAUGAUUUACAAAUGGAUAUUAUGAUAAGAGUGAAGUGUUGUCAAGAAACUAAAAACCCAAAGUGACGAAGUGCCCUGUAGGUGUCUGUCGUGGUUCCGUUCCGUUGCUUUCCCCUUACCUAUUUAGUGCUCAAUAUGUCUGACAAGACCUGUUCGUCGGUCGGCCCGAGGAGUUUCGAAACGAUUUCGGAAGAGGACCUCACUGCGUCGCCCUGGGAGAAAUUGUUGGGAGAGGUGAACACUGCUGUUCCUACGAUAAUAAAGACUAAUGUGUCGAGUACAACCAUCUCUAGAAGCGGUGAAGAGGUGUCGGUGAACCCUCAAGCCGAGGAUCUGGAGGCGAACAAGUUGACGCGAUCCAAGAGCCUUAAUCAGCGGAGAAAUAGUAGCGGCCUCCUCAGCACGAUCCCGAGGCAGCUGAGGCUUUCAUUGCGAGGAGUUCGGAGCGAACCUUCUAGUGUCAAGGACGUGCCCGCGACCAGGAAUGACAGCUCUCUCAACCUUCUUCUUAGAUACCGUCAAGCCCGUUACGCAGCAAGACGCGUCCGAAAACGCGUCAUCUUCAAACACGGAGACUGUAACGUCGUCCAAUGGAACGUGGCCAAGCGCAGGCGCCGAUACCUUCAGGACAUCUUCACGACUCUCGUGGACGCGCAGUGGCGCUGGACGCUGCUCGUGUUCGCGCUCUCCUUCAUCCUCUCCUGGCUGCUGUUCGCUCUCAUCUGGUGGCUCAUCAUCUUCACCCACGGAGACCUCACCCCUCCCCCACCCAACGAAAACGUCACCUUCACCCCCUGUCUCAACAACGUCAACUCUUUCACCGGCUGCUUCCUAUUCUCCGUGGAGACACAACACACCAUUGGCUAUGGCUCCAGAACAACUAACGAGGAAUGCCCCGAGGCUAUCUUCGUCAUGUGCUUACAAAGUAUUGUGGGUGUCUUUAUCCAGGCUUUCAUGGUGGGUCUUAUAUUUGCGAAGCUGGCACGUGCAAAAAAGCGUAACACGACGCUCCUGUUCUCGCGAAACGCGGUUAUAUGUCUGAGGGACGGGGAAUAUUGUCUGCUAUUCCGUGUUGGAGAUAUCCGCAAGUCGCACAUACUGGAAGCGCACGUGCGCGCCCAGCUUAUAAGGAAAAAGAUAACUAGAGAGGGCGAGGUGUUGCCAUUCUACCAGCAAGAGUUGAAGGUCGGUGCCGAUGGAGAGGAAGACAGACUGAUGUUCAUAUGGCCGAUGACGAUCGUGCACAAGAUCAACGAGAAGUCGCCGCUGUAUAAUCUCUCCGCGUCUGAUAUGCUGAGGGAGAGAUUUGAAAUCGUUGUUAUGUUAGAGGGUGUGAUAGAGUCAACGGGUAUGACUACCCAAGCGCGCAGCAGUUUCUUGCCAUCCGAGAUCCUGUGGGGUCACCGGUUCGAGACCAUGGUCACGUUCAGGAAGGACACUGGUGAAUAUGAGGUUGAUUAUACCAGAUUUAACAACACAUAUGAAGUGGACACUCCGCUAUGUUCUUCGAAGCAACUGGACGAGUUAAGAGCUACAGUUUCCAACUCUCAGAAAUUAGAUCGUAUGCUAGGCACCAUCCCGAAGACAUUCUCCGCUGAUACCUUAGACCUCAGCUCCGUCGACUCCAUGUCCUUAGAUGAGCACAUUGAGAUCAAGAUCCCCGAAGCCAGGGCCCGAGAAAACAGACUGAUGGCCCAAAACAACUUCAUUCACCACAUCAACGAAAAGUCCAGAAAUCCAAGCCACACACAUUUGGCUGUAGAAAAUGGCCAGGAGCAAUAUAGAAAUCAUAUUCCAUCGGAGCACAAACAACCUGAAGUGAAGGAACAUAUGCAUAGAAGCCAUAGUCACGCUAGUAUGAAGAAGGUUCAUGGACUGACCCCGAACGGCGUCGGCCAUGCGGGCAACGGUCAUCAUGAACAUAAAAAUGAAGAGCAUAAGAAAAUUAUAAAAUCCCCAAGUGAGAACAACAUAACCAAGCCGCCAGUGAUCCCUAUCCUGGUGACGUCACCUGCGCCGGAGCCCGCCUGACCCCCGCUGCGCGAACACAACCCGCCAGCCGUCGCCACCGGGGCCGCGCGCCUUAGGAAGCCGCACGUCACCUUCUCACCCCACACGCACAGCAUCGAGAACUUACAUCUACAAGGUGAAUAGCACGAACAUUAUCGUAGAAAAUAUAGUCUGACAUUUUUAUAAUUCUGUAUUAAAAAAAUUCAAAGUACCCAAAUCUUGGUAGUGGUUGAUGAGUGGACUGGUAACAUCUAUCUAAACUAUGUGCUUCUCAAUGCAAUUUUAUAUGUAUUUUGUAUAUUUAAAAUAUGUGAUUCACUUUGUAAUACCAGUGUUCAAAAUUGCGUACUUAAGGGUAGAAAAAAAUAUGUUCAAUAAAAGUCGUGCCAAUAUUGUUAAAGUUUUAAUCGUUUUGUAACUUUGAGGUGCUUAUUGUUAUAAGAUUGUAAACAUGUACUUAGUAUUACCGUUUGUGCCAUGUCCUGUUAAAUUAUAGGAACAGAUAUAUUUUGUAACAGACAAGAAUUUUCUACUCAACCGUCUACUUCAUCAAAACAUCGAUGUACCAGAUAGGGUUGUAUUUAGACCAAGUAUUUAUUUAGAUAAUUUAGUGAACGUAGAGUGGAGACCAAAACUUAUAGAAAUUAAAUGACAUGAAGCUUUAAAAUCUUAGUUAGUCAUGUCUCCACAGUUUGUGUAAGAAUACGAAAAUGUAGGAGUUUCACUUUUCUAUCGACAGUCAGACUAGAGAUAGAAUAAGUUCUAUUUUUAAGAAAUAUUUAUAUUUCCAAUGACGAAUUUAAUUCUAAAUUGACGCAGAGACGGCCCCUGCUUAAAUUAAAAUGAUGUUAAUUAUACCUAAUUAUCAUUGUACGACAAAAUUCCAAAGAGAAUGUUAUUAAAUGAACUUAAGCUUGUGCUUUCGGAUUAAAUCCAAAAACUAUGUUAAUAGUGCAAAAUAAUAUACUUAAGUAUUUAAAUUGUAUCUUGCUACCUACGUAACGAGUUGUGAAUGUACAAGUAGCUUACUACCUAACGCUUUUAUACAAUAAAAAUAUCGUACAAAGUACUGUUAUAUGUACAACAAAUAUGUGAUAUAUUUGGAUACUUAAUACUUAAAUUAUUCGGACAAAAGUACUUAGAACUUGGCUGUGCACUGCCAUGCACGGCCCACAUUGUUAUCGACACAUUUUCUUUGUGUAACUAGACUAGCUAAUUUAAAUCUAAGUGUUAGUUUAUAGCUAAUGCUUGCAAUAUGUACUGAUUAUAAUAUUUAAUUAUUAUAAAACAAUAACAACUCUAUUAUUAAAGUGAUAUAAACAAA